AUGAGCCCGAAAGGCAAGACUCCAAAAUCAAAACGGUCUGACAUCACCAAUCGUACAGGCGUCGCGGCCAGUACCAUCAAAAAAUGGUAUUCCCCAUCGGUCAAUGACGUCCGCAAACUCUUCAACCAAGCUAGAUCAUCAACCUCAAGACACGGCGGCUCCUUAAACGCCUCUUUCCUUGUAUGGACCUUCCUCAAUGAUGUAACGUGCUGCGAGUUGGCAGGCUCCACAAUCAAUGUUCUUUGCCUAUGCUACCUUGGAGUUUAUCUCGGGGUUGCUGAUUUGUCUGGAUCGGGUGAACCCUCGGCAGCCGCCUGGGUUGCGAUAGUUGCGAUCUGCUUCUUCGCUGUUAGAUAUGGAUUUGGCUGGGCACCAGUGUUCUCUUUGACGGUGUUGGAGAUCUGUCCUACCCCGGUUCGAGGCAUUGUCGUGGCAAUUGCUUUUGUGUACCAGAAACUGCUCAAUUUUGCCAUCACCCGCGGCUUCCCGAAUAUGAUGGCUGAUAUGCACGCCUAUGGACUGUUUGUGCUAGCUAAGGUGCUCACUUUUGUUGCUGUGCCUGAAGUGAAUGGAGCUUCGGCAUCGAUUGACUUGAGAAGGUGA